AAUCAAUUUCAUCAAAAAAUAUUGUUUUGUUUUGUGAUUGUUUUCCAAAUUAUGUGAAUUUAAGUGAUCAAAGUGGAGCAAAUUCACAUAUAAUACUGUUUAUUUUUUAUAAGUACAAAUCGAAUUAUAAUUACAAUGUGAUUGUUAAUGUUAGUUAUAAAUUCUACUUACCUAUGUAAAUUAAUGCAAUAUGAAUAAUUCAAUUAAAUAUUUGUAUAUUCCUUAUACAAAUUAAAGUAUUGGAAAAUAACUUUAUAACGAUGAAAACAUUAGUAAAUUUACCUGAUGUUAUAUUUAAUUAUUAUUUUAUAAUUGGCGGAUUUUUUAUAACCUACUUGAUAUAUCGAACGUUUCAUUCACUAGUUGGAACGGAUAAUUUUAUGCAAACAAAAUAUAGAGUUCGUGGACAUACUUGGAGAAGUAUCCAAUGCAAUAAAUCUAUUCCAUAUAAUAUUCAUUGCAUAAUAUGUGGUAAGCUUAUGUUGCCCCUAGAUGGGCUAUUUUGUGAAUGUUGUGGAGUGAGUGCAUGCAAAUACUGCUACAGAACAGUUGAUAGGAAAAUCAGAUGUAAAGAAAUCACUUGGCGUGAGGAUAAACCAUUUCCCCAUCUUUGGGUAAAUGUGGGAUCACAUGCAGAUUCAGAUCAAAAUGAAGAUUCGGAAAAUGUUAAAAAUUUCUUUUGUUGCUGGUGUCAUAGAACAGUGUUAAGUGGUGAAUUAAGUUUGCACAAAAAUGAGCCAUGUGAUUUUCAAAAGUAUAAAAAUAUAAUUAUACCUCCUCCAUGUGUAAAGAUAGAAAGGAAUAAGAUCUUGGGCAUAAAUCCAGUUGAUGAUGCUGAUUGGGAGCCUUUGAUAAUCUUUGCAAAUCGAAAAUCUGGAAGCAAUAGAAGUGAUGAAGUUCUUUCUAUUUUUCGUGGUCUUCUAAAUCCUUUACAGGUUGUGGACAUAAGUCGUUGUUCACCAGAGAGCGUGGUGCGAUGGUUGCCGCCCCGUUGCCGCGUGUUGGUGGCGGGUGGGGAUGGCACCGUUGCCUGGGUACUGAAUGCUCUACAUGCUGCGCCUCAUAUAAAAGCGCUAGUAGGCAUUCUACCUAUGGGUACGGGCAACGAUCUUUCACGCGCACUCGGCUGGGGACCCACUUGUGCCUCAGUAUUAGACGCACAUUCCAUUAUAGAUAACAUGGUACGAGCUGUUGAACAACCACUGGAUAGGUGGAAAGUGACGAUAACGCCCAAAAAGCGUCGCCUGGGCCGGUUGCGCGGCGAGCAAGUGUUGUACGCAUACAACUACGCGAGCAUAGGGGUGGACGCGCAGGUGGCGCUCGACUUCCACCGCGCGAGGUCGCAGUUCUUGUAUCGGUACGCGAGCCGGACGCUCAAUUACAUGGCGUACGCGUUACUGGGCGUGGGUCGCGCGCUAGACACGGGCGGGUGCGGUGGUUUGGAGCGGCGCGUGCGCGUGUGGGCGGCGCCCGGCCCGCCGCUCGCACUGCCGCCCGUGCAGGCGCUCGUCGCACUCAACAUACCCAGCUGGGGGGCCGGCGUCGAUCUGUGGAGUCUGGGCAGUGAAGAAGUACCUGAGCAGAGUAUGAGCGAUGGAAAACUGGAGGUGGUAGGAAUAUCGUCAUCAUUCCAUAUAGCCAGACUCCAAGUUGGCUUAGCAGAACCGUUUCGAUUUACGCAGGCAUCCACUGUUAAGAUUGAGAUGGAGGGUUCUUGCGCCAUGCAAGUAGAUGGGGAGCCAUGGAUGCAAGGUCCGGCCACGAUAUUCAUAGAACCUGCUGGCCGUAGCCAUAUGCUUUCUCCUACCACCGUGUUAAAUGAAUAAUUCAUUCCAAUUUGUAUUACACUAAUAAUAAUUGAAUUGAAUCUUGACUGUGUGGAAAGUAGUGUAAUUGUAAUUACAGAUACUCGAUAGAUUAAAAAUAUUUUGGUGCCAAAUGUUGGCCACUAUUUUAACUAUAAUUUUGAUAUGCCCUGUGAUUGAGAGUGAUCUCAAGAUAAAUUCAGUACUUAGUAGCAUAAAAUGAUACAUGCCAAAUGCCAAAGAAAAGAGACAUUUAAAAACACACGAAAACAUUUCCCCUCCUGACGCAAUCGGGUUAAAGUAGAUAAUGAAGUAAAUGUAAAUGCGACAGUGUUCAUAUCGAUAGACUACCUCAUUCAAAAUAUUUUACAGUUUUCCAUUUUCCAAGUAUGGCCCUUUUACAUGAGGUGUUGUUACCUGUUACCAUGCAUACGUGGCCACAUUUGCAUGGGUAUUAACGUUUCACUAAACCUCAUACAAGUCAGUAGAUGUUUUACCAUACAUCACCAGACUUACUUCCUCAAAGAACCUCCUCGGUGAACAUUUUGGAUCAGUAUAUUUAAAUAUUGUCUGUAUUGAGUUCUCAGCAGCAAACGAAAAAAUUAGAGAUGUAAUUUACUAAAACUAACCUUUAAACAUAGGUAAUAAUUAAUAACACUACAUUUUCAUUUUUAUAGAUGUUUCUAGUAUGUAAUUUUGAUAAUACUUGUAUGCUAUGUAAUCUAAAUAUUGUGUAUGGGAUAGUAUUAUAUUAUCUGUGGUAUAGGUAUCGAAAAAUAUAUGUAAUAUUACAUUUGUCUGACUAAAUUAUUGUAAAAAGGCUUUUGGUCCAACAUAAUUCUAGUACUUAAACAUUAUAUGCUGUUUAUAAAAGAUAAUUUGUUCCUAAUGAAUCUCCGCCAUAGUAAAGCAUAAAUUUAACUAAAUAAUUAAGUUGUAUAUUAUAUUAAAUGUUAUUAUUUAUGCCAAAGAUUUGUAAUUGAUGUGUGUUGUUAAAUAAAUGUGAAAAAAAUA